AGAGACAGUUGUAAAAGUGACAAGAUCACAAGGCUGUCACAUUUUCACAAUAACACAAAGUAGGAAACCAGUCAUUACAUCAUUGACCUUAAAAAGCAGUUUCAGUGGGAGAAGUGGAAAAAAUUGAAAAUAGAAACAGUUCAAAGUUCAAAAGAUGGAAUACAGGAAGGUAGCUGAAGUAAUUUCCUCCUCCUCCUUCUGCCCCUUCCACUCCUCCUCCCAUUUCCUACCGACCGAUUCUGAUCACCAUGCAACUCUCACCGCUAUAGAAAAUCACCUCCAUCACUGUUCGGGUCGCACGCAUCCCUCAAACCCUGUUCUGUCUGACUGACUGAGGUGAAUGACGAUACUUUAAGGGAGCUUGUGUCAGCGGAGAUGUUGGCAGGUGCAUUAGUUCUGGGCAUCAUCCUUACAUCUUUACCAGGUAUACAGAGCAGGUGGAGUGUGUCAUUUUCUAGGAGGGAGAUCUGUGUGUGGGCAGGAACAACUGUCACUCUGCCCUGCCGUUAUGACUACCCAUCAGGUCACACUGUGAAGCGGGUCAUGUGGUUCCGUGUGUCUGCAGAAGGUCGCAGGGAGUUCACUCACCACACUGACCCGAACCAGAUCAGCCUGUCGUACCGUGGACGUACCCGCUACAUCGGGGGCAGCUAUUCAAGCUGUUCAGUCCAGAUUCGAGUUGUGAAGCUGAGUGAUGCAGGCCAGUACCACUUCAGGUUUGAGACAGACCAACCACUGGGGAGAUGGACCUCCCCUAACACCAUCACUCUCGAUGUAACAGACCUCCAGGUCCAGGUGCAUCCAGCAAGGCUCGCCAACAUGUUUGGCCUCGGAGAGACUGUGUUUGUAGGCUGCCAGGCCAGAGGAUGUGCUGCUCCAGGAAGGAGCCUUGCACUGUACAGAAAUGGACUAAACCUCGGCUCCUAUGAGAAAUGGAUGAUUAUCAACCGCUUUGACCAGCAGCAUGCUGGAGCGUACGCCUGUCGACCGAUCCCGCCACAGAACGUCCAGUCACCAUCCCUCUCCCUGGCUCUGGGACAUGGCCCUCGCUCCACCUCCAUAGCAGUCUUCCCAGUAGGGGAGGUGUCGGAGGGGGAGUCGGUCACGCUGACCUGCAGUAGUGACGCAGCUCCACCUGUAGAGAGCUUUGCAUGGUUCAAAGACAUGGAGAGUGGCAGCAUCCCAGACAGUUUUAGGCCUCAGCUCCGCCUGUCCCACCUCAAAUACACAGACAGAGGAGAGUACUUCUGUGUAGCACGUAACUCACUGGGAACAGACCGCUCCAAACCACUUCUACUCAAUGUCUCUUACUCUCCAAAGAACACACGUGUGCUGCUGAGUCCUCCAGGUGACAUCAGAGAAGGCUCAUACGUAAACCUGAGCUGUGUCAGCCACGCCCACCCUCCUGCCAGCAGGUAUGCUUGGUAUCGUAUCCUAGGUGACCAGGUGUUGGCUAAAGGAGCCUUCCAGAAUCUGACAUUCCCCUUAGUGCGUGCUCACCAUGCUGGUCAGUACUACUGUACAGCGUGGAACCGGUUCGGAUACCAAACCUCUCCUGUUGCUACACUCACUGUACUUUAUCCUCCUAAGAACACCUCGGUUCUGGCUCGUCCCUCCAGUGUGGUGGAUGCUGGCCGACCUUUGACCUUGACCUGCAGCAGUCAGGCCAACCCAGCAGUGGACAACUUCACAUGGCACCGCUUAGCUCUGCAUGGGGGCUCUGUACAAUCAUGGGGCACCAAGUCCGGUCCUGUCUUCACCUUCUCAGAGGUCGGCCCUGGGGAGAGCGGUCAGUACUACUGUGAGGCCAGGAAUCGAAUCGGAGCCCACAGCUCCCCCGUCCUCACCGUACGAGUCAGAGUCAUGCUGAUAACCUUUAUUAACCUCCCAAUGGCAGGUCGUCUUAAGGUCAUUGCCUUGGCAUCAGCAGUAGGCGUGUCUGCUGGACUCAUCACUCUCACAGUGGCCAUUAUGAUCAGUAAGAACAUGCACAGAGUAGACAUGGAGUCAGGAGAAGUAGCAAACAAGCGUCCGUCAGUGACAGCUGACACCAUGUUCUAUGAGUCAGCCCAACAGACCUUUCCAGUGAGAAAGGGCAAGAUGUCGGACAUACCGGAGGAGCCAGAGGACUUGAGUGACAGCUCCCACCCCGCCAUCGUUCCUCUGAAGGAUGCUCCACCAAUCACAGAAGUUGAAAGUCACAGUCCUGCCCCCAACUGCGUCACUGUCCACUACUCUAAGUUGUCCAGUAGGGACCAGGUGCAGAUCCACAGCCUGCCACUGGGGGGUGAUAAAAAGCCAAAGGAUUGCUCCAAAGUUGUUUACACUUUACUGCCCCAGCCUCGCCAGUGACCGGGAGAAAAAGGCAAAUCAGCUGAACAACACAUCAGCCUUUUCUAUGUGAACCAGUCACUUUACUUCCAUUCACCCAGAGAGGACUGUGGGACAGGAAACGACUCCUUGUGAACUCUGACGAUGCCUUACGCUGUUCCGGGUCAGCCAUGUUGGUAUGGAUUUUCCACAGUUCACCAGACCAUGAGGACAACAUGUGGUCCAGGUGCUGACUAGGAGACCAGCUCCUAAACUAUGUUGCAUGUCCUUUUUUUUCUAUGCAUUUUACCACUGUAUGCUGCCUGAUGAACCAGAAAUGCUUCAAAACAAUUUUUCAAAACAAAACAAAAAAGGGAAAAAGUAACAUUCACACUGUUGGUCAUUUUGCUUGCAUUCAUAUCCACAGUACAGGCUGUAUCUACUGCUGCUUUUUAGUUGAUAGUUGACACUGAAAUUCCCAACCAAGUAAAUGUAGAUGACACAAGUCAUCUACAUGUGGUUUCUACAGCAUCAUUUGCAUCCUCUGACCACUGAAAAGUGAUAAUCAUUUGUAUUCAACAUAAUUGUCUCCAAUAAAACGAAGACAUACUAGUGGAAAAAAACCUGUAGAAAAUGAUUUGACAUCUAUAAAAAAAAUUCAAUAUUUGAAACAUACAUAUUUCCACACUGUAUUCAACAAUGUUCUGAAUUGUUAACAAGCUUAUUUUGAUUGCUGAUGCUGCAACAUGUAUUCACUUGAUAGGGCUUGCUUCCAUUAAACCUUUCCAUUUUUAUGUGGAGUAGGCAAAGCCAGCAAUAAUGCAAAGUACAUUUCGUAGUUUGUUACACUAAAGAAAAAUAAAACCAACAUAUCUUGUAGCUCGAAUGUAUGUUGCAAUUUUUUUCCACAGCCUGUUGAGAGUGAGGAAGCUGUAUGUCAGCAGUUAGAUCAGAGGGAUUCAGUAAAUGGUUUUAGAUGAAUUUAGACCAGAAAUAAAAAUCGGAUUGUGAUUUUCUCUCACAGUAGUAAAGACUUUUUCUGGCUUUGUGAAAAGCAUCUUACAGUCAUUCGAAUCAGCUAAACUUAUGCCAUAUUAACUUAACAGCUUCUUUCAUAUCAAUAAAAGUGACUUACAGUAAAUGUUAUCUGUUUUGGUAUGCUGGUGAUAUAAAAGAUGUUUGGUUGUUUAGCAAGCACUGUUAACAAAAAAAUACGGUGACAAUAAAGACCUGUUAUCAAAAACAGCAACACGCACAUUUUUUUUUCCUGUGUUAAAUCCAUCGCAGACUACUAAUUUGAG